AUGUUACGCUUAAGGGGGAGACUCUACCUGAAAAACUCUGUCUGUAGGCUGAAUAAGUCGAUUUAUGGCUUAAAGCAAGCCUCUAGGCAAUGGAACAUCAAGUUGUCUGAAAUUUUACUGCGAGACGGGUUCAUACAAUCUACGACUGAUAAUUCUCUGUUUAUCAAGAACUCUGGCAGCUCAGUGAUUGUGAUUUUGAUUUAUGUUGAUGACAUGAUUCUUAUAGGAAAUGAUGCUCUGCUACUUCAGCAAACUAAGACCAACUUACAGACUCAUUUCAAGAUCAAAGAUUUGGGUCCUGUUCGUUUCUUCUUAGGUAUUGAGAUUGCCAGAGCAUCCUCUGGUAUACAUUUGAAUCAGAGAAAAUACACCUUAGAGUUGUUGGAGGAAUAUGGUCUACUUGGUGCGAAGCCUCUCGCAAUCCCUAUGGAUACUAAGGCGAAAUUGGGUCUUGAAUCUGGAACUCCUAUUGUUUAUGCCUCUUUUUACAGACAAUUGAUUGGUAAACUGAUAUAUCUAUCCGUUACAAGACCGGAUAUCAGUUUUGCUGUUCAAAAACUCAGUCAAUAUAUGACUGCGCCACAUACUGAUCACUUACAGGCGGCAUUCCGAGUACUAUGUUAUCUAAAGCUUGCUCCUUCUCAAGGUUUAUGGUACUCUGCUUCUUCCUCUGUUACCUUAAGCGCCUAUUCUGAUGCGGAUUGGGCUUCGUGUCUCGAUUCCCGUAGAUCCAUUAUAGGCUACUGCGUUUUCCUUGGCUCCUCUUUAGUAUCUUGGAAAGCUAAGAAGCAGGCGACUGUUUCUCGCAGUAGCUCAGAGUCCGAAUACAGGGCACUUGCCCAAACAUCCUGUGAACUCUUGUGGCUUUCUGCUCUACUGAAGGAGUUGCACAUUUCUUGCCCGCAACCAUUCACUAUAUUCUGCGAUAAUCAAUCAGCUUUGCAUUUGACAAACAAUCCCGUGCAUCACGAACGAUCGAAGCACAUCGAACUUGAUUGCCACUUCAUUCGAGAUCACAUCAAGUCUGGACUUCUAAAGCCAAUGCAUGUCUCUACUACUCAUCAACUGGCACAUCUUCUCACUAAACCUUUGCCCUCUGAUCAUUUUCAAUAUCUCCUCUCCAAGAUGGGAAUCCAAAAUUUGUGUUCUCCAUCUUGA